UCCCAAAGAAGAAGAAGAAAACGGAAGACUACAAGGAAGUAUAUUUACAGUCGCGAUAACAACAAAUUGCCAUGCAAUGUAGCGUACUGCUAUUGUAGUUUAUUUUCAGUUGAACAUUAAAAACAGGAUUGGCAUUUGGCAGGCAUAUUUGAUAAAGGCUUCAGCUCAACUCAUGGAAGCAGCCGUUUGGUUGGCCAUUGUUGUGGGGCUAGCUAUCUUUUCUGAAGACGCAGGAUCAUGUCAUCCAAGGAGGGGAGAAAAGGUGAUACUGCUGAAUCUGGGGCUAUGGCAACACAGAGUUCAAUGGCUGUCAACAAUGGCAGGGACAACAACCACAAGAACCAUCAUGAUGAAGUAGGGAGGUUGCACUUGGAACCAAGCAACGAAACAGGCAGUACGGCAGACACCAGCACAGCAGCCAAGAACUUGGCUUUGCUCAAAGCCCACUCCCUGGAUGUGAAUUUUGAGGUUGGUGAGGAGUAUGACGUCAUAGAGACCAUCGGCACAGGGGCCUAUGGCGUCGUGUCCUCCGCCAGGAGGCGGGACAAUGGUCAACAAGUGGCAAUUAAGAAGAUUCCCAAUGCCUUCGAGGUGGUGCAAAACGCUAAGCGUACAUUACGAGAGCUGAAGAUUCUCAAGCAUUUCAAACAUGACAACAUUAUCGCCAUCAAAGACAUCCUCCAGCCUAGCCUCCCUCACUUCAAGUCUGUGUAUGUGGUUCUGGAUUUGAUGGAGAGUGAUCUCCACCAGAUCAUCCACUCCCGGCAGCCGCUGACUCCAGAGCACACACGCUACUUCCUGUACCAGCUCCUCCGCGGUCUCAAGUACGUGCACUCGGCCAAUGUCAUCCACCGUGACCUAAAGCCCUCCAACCUGCUGGUCAACGAGAACUGCGAGCUGAAGAUCGGGGACUUUGGCAUGGCCCGGGGCCUUAGCUCACACCCCGAGGAGUCACACUCCUUCAUGACUGAGUAUGUGGCCACGCGCUGGUACCGCGCCCCUGAACUAAUGCUCUCGCUGCACCACUACAGCCUGGCCAUCGACCUGUGGUCCGUGGGCUGCAUCUUUGCCGAGAUGCUGGGCCGCAAGCAGCUGUUUCCCGGGAAGCACUAUGUCCACCAGCUACAGCUUAUUCUGUCCGUGUUGGGCACACCACCAGAGGGCGUGAUCGGGGCCAUCGGGGCUGAUCGGGUGCGCUCGUAUGUGCGGAGCCUGCCGUCGCACGCACCCGUGCCCUUGGCCAAGUUGUACCCGCAGGCCGAGCCUGCUGCCCUGGACCUGCUGGCCACCAUGCUGCGCUUCGAUCCUCGCGAGCGGAUUGAUGUGAGCCAGGCACUGGAGCACCCCUACCUGUCCAAGUACCAUGACCAGGACGAUGAGCCCAUCUGCGUGCCCGCCUUCGACUUUGAGUUCGACAAGACGCCCAUGAGCCGGGAGCAGAUCAAAGAGGCCAUCCUGGUGGAGAUCCAGGACUUCCACCGGCGGAAGCAGAACAACCGGCAGAGGAUCCAGUUCAGGCCCUUACAGAGGCAGGGUGGUGGUGACCAACGGUCUGGUCAAACCUCCACCGUCAACCUGACCAAUAACUCAUUGUCUUCCAUGUCACGACCGACACAGGUAUCGCCGAUGCAGCCGCAACCAGUGUCAAAGAGUCAAGCCAAUCAGCAUCAUAUAACGACAGGAGGGAGCCAAACUUUCGCCAAUCAGCUGCCGUCCUUUAGUAAACAUGCCCCGCCCCUUUUAGAGGUGACCCCAUCCCAAUGUCUGACCCACACGUUGCCUCCCCUGACCCAGGCAGAGAGUUGCCAGGACGUGGACAUGCCCAGCGCCAACUCGGACAGUGGGCAGCCUGAGAUCAUAGACCUGAUCACGCCAGUCUCUUCCCAGGGCACCUCACCAUCUGAAGCUCUGAGAGAAAGCUCGAAGGUGGAGGAGCUAGUACCCACCAGCCAGGGGGGACCUCUGACCCAAGUCACCCAGAGUCAGCCAAUGUCUCAGGGCCAGGCUGCGUCUUCCGUGUCCUCCACUUUAGCACACAACACCAUGGCCCCUCUGCCCAACUCUGUGCCUUCUCUCAUGCUCUCCCAGGCCCAAGCUCAGUCGCUUUCGCAGUCCCUCACUCAGUCAUUGUCCAAGGGGGCGAGGGGAACAGCGGGGGCAGGGGAAGGGACCAGGAAAGAUGGGGCCAUUUCGGAGGACACCAAAGCAGCGCUCAAGGAGGCCUUGCGGAAGUCGGCUCUCAGACACAAAGCCAGAGAUGGAGGUCCAACAUUACUGAGUAUGGAUACAGGUGGAACAGGUCUGACAUGCUCCCUAACCUCCUCCCUCUCUCUUCCGGAGCUACGGAGGCCCGUCACAGCCCAGGAGCGCCAAAGAGAAAGGGAGGAGAAGAGGCGGAGGAGGCAGGAGCGAGCUAAGGAGCGGGAGAGGAAGAUGAAAGAGAAGGAGAGAAGAGAAGGGGACUCAUUGGGUGGGGUUCUCCUGAGCGACAAUGACAAAAGCCUAUUGGAACGCUGGAAGAGGAUGAUGGACAGCCGUGCAGACAAAUCACAGAACCCCGAUGUUGACACAGCCAAAACUAAGGGCUGCAAAGUGAGUUCCCACCUCAGCGGGAAUUCGAGCAAAAACACCCAGGCGGCAAUGGCUGUAAACCACACGAAAUCGGAUAAGGAAGCAGGGGAGAUUCAGACUCACAAACAGACGGUACCCCAAAUAGAGCCCAAUCUGUCAGGGAUGUUCCAGCCACUAAAUACCCAGGGCUCACUGCCUUUCUCUCUGGGCCAGACAAAGGGAGAGGAGAUGGGGCGUGUGGCUGUGAGUAGAGGGAUGGACAUGGUGGAUGGAGCCUCCUGUGGCUUAGCUAAAAACGACACGCUAAAACCGACGCAGGGUGAGUAUGAAGGGCCAAGGAUCUUCAACUGUCUGGGGAAUUGGGCUGUGCAGCAGGUAGGGGCCGGGACUUCCCAGCAACAGCAGCUACCCCUUAACAGAUCACCCCAAGCCUGCCAGACAAGCUUCCCUCAGCCUCAGCCGCACCCCGUGGGGACUUUCUUGACGAAAGCCCCAGCACUACCAUCGAGCGAAACCAAUGGCAACAUAAGAACAGGGAGUGGUCAGAACAACAUCAACUCUCACCCUAACUCAGUCACUAGUGGGGCCGGACCCAUGGAGAAGCUGUGCUCGGCACUGAGAGAGAAGCCCGGGUCCCACACGCAGAGCCCUCUCUGCGGGGCCUUAGGGGCCCCGUCCCUUCCUCAGCCCAGCUUAGGGUUCACAGACACCGGACAGCCGGGGCACGCUGUGGCCCCUGACAUCCACACGGUCACACUGCAGCUCUCAAAGUCACAGGUGGAAGAUGUGCUGCCUCCGGUGUUCUCUGUCACCCCUAAGGGCAGUGGGGCAGGAUACGGAGUUGGCUUUGACCUGGAUGACCUCUUCAACCAGUCCCUCACUGACCUCCAGCACGCAGACCUCAGAGACAGUUACAAUGACUCAGGCCCCCUCUCUGCCUCCCUGCUCUCUGAUUGGCUGGAGGUGCACCGCAUGACUCCGGCUGACCUGGAAUCGCUACAGCAGGAACUACAGCUAGGAUCUCCCAUGAUCCUCUCUGACUCCAUCCCCUCUGACACCUGACUACCUCCUUCUGGAAUAACAACCAAGACACUGGAGGUAGAAAUAGCCCCUUACCAGACAUCAGGUCGCAUUGUCUGCAUCCCAAGUGCAUUCCCCACACAGUGCACUACUUGGGAGUAGGUCAAUUGCCCCUAAAUACUAUACAAAUAGUCUAGUCCCAGAUCUGGAACUGCUAUACAGGGUAUUUCAUCCCCUAAUGGUACCUUUAGUCCCUAUGUAGUGCACUACAUUUGACCGGGCCCAUAGGGCUCUGGUCAACACUAGACCCUUGUGUCCCUACAUUUAGAAGUUUUCUAGAAAGGAGGAGUCUGAGCCCUGGGUUAUACGCUUUGUAAUAGACACUCUUAAGGAUCAUCUAUUUAAUUGUUUUUGUUUUUCUAGCAUUUCUUCAUGCAGUGUUCAUGGUUCUUUUAAUAAAGAUCAUUGGGUCAUAACUUGUAUGAUUGCUGCUGUUUUACAAUGGGCCCUGAAGGAGAGGAGAGAAGGUGGUUUGUUAACAUAAUUGAAGCCUAUGCCGGUUAUUACACCAACAGAGGGGAAAAUACAUUGAUGAAAUCGCAAUCAGUACAAUCGCAAUGACUGGGUCAUGUUCAUUAGGGCACGCAACAGAAAAGACUUUGCAAUUAUUUUAAUGUUUUAUGAGUCCAGGUAGUCCUACCGUUUCAGUCCGGUUUCUUCCGUUUGGUCUGUAAUGAAAACAACCCUGAUCAGGAAUGAUUUAUUAGGAACAAUCCAAAACUCAACGUUGUCACUAUUAAAAGCAACCCUGUUGAAUCCUCUUCGCUA